GUAUGACAUUGCACUGCUGUUCAAGGGCCACUCUCCUUUACCUGAAGCUAAACAGUUAUUCUGGUGUAGUAGGCGUUGAUCUCAAACUGUUCGUUGAGGUAUACACAAUAGGAACUCAGUCUAGUGUGAGAGUAACAGACAGGAAAAGGCUUCAGUUUCAGAGAAAAAAGUGCUGAGACGCUGAGACAGACACUCUUCUGCUUGCUGAUAGUGUUUUCUGCUGCUUUUCUGAACUGUCAAGAGGACAGGAAUAGCCAGCCCAUGGAAAUGCCAGAAAUGGAUGUUGACCAUUCUCUCUUCCCUGAGUUCGUCAACUUCACUUAUCCUCCCAUAGACGAGCUCAUGGGGGUCCCUUGUAACGUCUCUAUCUUGGGCUUGAGCAGUGUUGGUCUAAUGAUCACCUACAUCGCUGUGUUCAUCUUCAGUGUGCUGGGUAACAGUGUAGUCAUCUACGUGGUGUGCUGCAUGGCUAGGGGCCGGACCACCACAGACGUCUAUCUGAUGCACCUGGCAAUGGCUGACCUCCUCUUCUCCUCGACCCUCCCCUUUUGGGCCGUCUAUGUCUACUCCCACUGGAUUUUCGGUACCUUCCUCUGCAAGUUCCUGUCUGGCCUCCAGGAUGCUGCCUUUUAUUGUGGGGUUUUCCUGUUAGCGUGCAUUAGUGUGGACCGCUACCUGGCUAUCGUGAAGGCCACGCGGGCACUGGCCCAGCGGCGCCACCUGGUGGGGUUGGUGUGCGGAGCUGUGUGGCUGGGGGCGGGGCUACUCUCAUUGCCCGUGGCACUCCAACGGGAGGCUAUCCAACCCGAGGAUCUUGAAGGCCAGAUCAUCUGCUUUGAGAACCUGACUGCGGCGAGCAGCGAUCGGUGGCGGGUGGGUGUGCGGGUGAUUCGCCACGUGCUGGGCUUCUUCCUGCCACUGUCGGUCAUGGUCGUCUGCUACAGCUGCACUGCAGCGACGCUGUUCCGUGGCGUGCGCAUCGGCGGCCAGAAGCACAAGGCCAUGCGCGUCAUCCUGGCCGUGGUGCUGGCGUUCGUGGCAUGCUGGCUGCCGCGCAACAUCAGCGUGCUGGUAGACACGCUGAUGCGGAGCGGCUUGCUGGGCGAGGAGACGUGUGAGAUUCAGAACAAGGUGAGCGUGGCGCUGUAUGUGACUGAGGUGAUGGCGUUCACGCACUGCGCCGUCAACCCCGUGCUGUAUGCCUUCAUCGGGCAGAAGUUCCGGAACCAGCUCUUGGUGGUGCUCCACAAGCAUGGGCUGAUCAGCAAGAGGUUGAUGGUGGCGUACCGCAGUGGCUCAGUCAACAGCACGGCCAGUCAAAGGUCUAGGAACACCUCUGUUACCCUGUAAGGUUUCAGUAAUCAGGGGGUGGUGUGGAAGGGGUGAGUUUCACUGGUUCCUCACACCGUAUGGUCAGGGGUGCGGACAUGGCGAGAAACUUGUUCUUCAUGUUCUAGGGGUGUGUGUGUG